AUGAGGCAAAUCAGGUGGAUGGAGUUUUUGAAAGACUGUGAUUUUGAGUUAAAGUAUCAUCCAUGUAAAGCAAAUGUGGUCACUGAUGCCUUAAGUAAAAAAUUACUCCAUGUAGCCUACAUGAUGGUUAAUGAGAUGAACUUAUUAGAAGACUUUAGAAACCUUAACCUAAACAUGAUACCAUUAGAUGAAGGAAUCCUAUUAUGCUCUAUAGAAAUCUCUUCUGAUCUUCGUGAUAGGAUUAAGGAAGCUCAAGAGUAUGAUAAAGAGUUACCGUCCAAGAUAACUCAAUCAAACUUUUCCAUCACUUUAGAUGGGAUCAUCAUAUUUAGAGGAAGAAUUGGUGUAUUUAAUGCUGAAAACUUGAGAAAGAUGAUUUUUGAGGAAGCCUAUAAAAGUGCAUUAUCAAUUCACCCAGGUGCCACCUAG